AUGGAGGGAGAGAUGUCGUGUUGCAUCUGCAUUUUGCACUCUAGUGGCCUUUCAUGCAGUCCCGAGCUUCUCUCCCAAGCUGCGUACGGCGUCUCUGCAAUGUUUCGCUCUGUGCAGGCGUCCUCGGCGGACUUUGUCCCUUGUGUUGCCGUCCUUCGCGCCAACCCGGCUGAGGGGGUGCGGUACGCGUACACCUCCUGCGCCAGCGACGCCCCACAUGAUGCGGAGGAGGAGCUGAAGGACGAAAGGAGAGGCGUUUCGGAGGCAGUGAAUAAUGACACCGAGCGGAGACUUGGACUUGCCGCGCGCUUUAGGGGUCGCUCGGCUCUUUGUUUGCAGCGGGCCAUCCUUCGUUGUGAGGAUGCGGCGGAGAAGUGUGAGGAGGCGGCCCAUGGCGGCGUGGAUGUGUGGCGUUGCCUUGCUGGGGCGUUGUUAACCGCGUGCGGCUUCCUCCGUGCCCGUCUUGUGGGGGAUGCGACGAGUGAUGCGGCGGCCCUUGAGUUUGUCACUGCCCCGUCUACGCGGGGUUAUUUGAUGGUGUUUAGUGAUGUGCACGAUGCCCCUGCGUUGUCGUUUGCUUCGGAGUGUUCCUUUUCCGCUGCCGCAUUGGUCCUCACAAGGCUGCAUACCACCGUACAUGUGUUUGGCCGUGCCGCGCUGUCUAGCGUUGCGGGAAGUCGUCUGCAGGCGCUGGCGCACUCCACGGGAGGUCUAUGUGCCCCACAGUUUGCCCUCUCUCACGUGGGCUACAUGCUGGACGGAGCCGCCGCGGAGACGACGUCGCACGACGGCAGUGCUGUGGGCCGGCCGGCGCGAGAGCGCCUGGUGGAGCGGUACGUGGUGCGGCCUGUCAAUUUGCCGCAAGAGCCCAGCGCCAUGUUCGUCGCCGACGGCUCCAACGCCAGCUAUUUGGCGUGGCUGUGUCCCGCCUGCAUGGCGGUAAUGGUGCGGCACCCGUGGGAGGAUGAGGUGGGGAGGAGCUGUCCGUACUGCCUUCUCGCCGACGGCGCUGACGGACGAAGCUGA